AUGGUCGACUACAGCAAUUGGCUCCGCGAUGUCAGCGACGACACUAAACUGUCGACACUCUCGAUCCCCGGCACUCAUAACAGUGCUGCCUACCAUAUGGCUCUGCCCUCUGUCCAGUGUCAGGAUGCCUCGAUCACCGAGCAAUUAGAGAACGGAGUUCGUUUCUUGGACAUUCGAGUGUCCAAGAACAUUCUUCACAGCGAUGACCAGCAGUACAAUUUGGUUGUUUGUCACGGCAAGUUCCCUAUCAAGUUGCUGGGCAAUGUCGAGCUUUCCGAGGCUCUGGACGAGGUGUACAAAUUCCUGGACUCUCACCGAUCCGAGACUGUCAUUGUAUCCAUCAAGCAAGAGGGUUCUGGUACCUGGGACAACGAUCAUGACGAGUUUGGAAACUGCAUUUGGGACAGAUACGUCAACAAGAACAAGGACAAGUGGUACCUUGGAACUGAUAUCCCCAAGGUCGGAGACACUCGAGGAAAGGCGGUUUUGUUCCGUCGAUUCGGAGUCAAGGACCAGCAACGUAAGAGCCAGUUUGGUUUCGAGGCCUCGUGGUGGACUUAUAACACCAGCAACGACGACCGCGGCAACCUGCAAGUGCAAGACUGGUGUGAAAUCAACAAACCCGAGGACAUUGGCACCAAAGCCAACUAUGUCAAAGAGCACAUCAAACGUGCUGUCGACUACAACUCCACCAACACCGACUCCCAAAAGCUGUUUGUCAACUUCUGCUCGGGUUCCAACUUCUUCGACCACGAAUGCUGGCCCCAAAAGAUCGCAGAGGGUCUCGACCAGGACAAAAUCGACGAGACCUUCGGUAAGGGCAGCGGUAUCCUCGUGCUCGACUACGCCAAAACAAACGACUGGCGAAUCGUCCGCGAGUACGUCAACAAGAACUUCUAA